CUGCAUGUGGCCGACGACAACUGGCAACGGCUUUCCAGAAGAAGAUGGUGGAGGUAAGCGAUGGGUCUGCUGUUGGAUUUCAGAGGAAUGGAACCCACCUCUUCCAUAGGAAUGAUAGGAUAAACAAUCGGCGCCCCCCCUUUUUUGUAUUGUUUUUCUUCUCCUUUACUCCACUCUGGUUCUGGGUUCCCCGUUACUUUCUGUCGCCUGCUUUCUGCCACUACAGAUUGAUAGGAGUAAGUAAGCCAAUUCUGUUUGCUCUUUAACCAAGCUUGGAAGAAGAUGGCAUCAGGAGGAUGGGCCGUUGAGAAAAGGGCAAGUCUUAGAAAUGAAGAAUCUGGCUCAGCAAAUUCUCUGAUUACUGUUCCUGAAACUGGGUGCCUUUCCAUUGUUGUGCUUGGCGCUUCGGGUGAUCUUGCCAAGAAAAAAACUUUUCCAGCGCUCUUCAACCUUUACCGCCAGGGAUUUUUAAAUCCUGAAGAAGUUCGUAUCUUCGGCUAUGCGAGGACCAAGAUUUCAGAUGACGAGUUAAGAGAUCGCUUACGUGGGUAUCUUGUCCAUGGCAAGGCUACUUCAGCUGAAUAUGUGGAAAAGAUAUCAAAUUUUCUGCAAUUGAUAAAAUAUGUAAGCGGUUCCUAUGAUUCCGAGGAAGGCUUUCGAUUACUGGAUAAGUGUAUAUCUGACUCUGAGCAUGAGUUAUGGAAACACACUGUGGAAGGAUCAUCGCGCAGACUCUUUUAUCUUGCACUUCCUCCUUCAGUAUAUCCACCUGUCUGCAAAAUAAUCAAGAAUUGUUGUAUGAAUAAAUCCUUUUCAGCUGCUCGUGGUGGAUGGACUCGAAUUGUUGUUGAGAAGCCUUUUGGAAAGGAUUUGGACUCAGCUGAGCGUCUGAGUGCACAGAUUGGAGAACUCUUUGAUGAACCACAGAUUUAUCGUAUUGAUCAUUAUUUGGGAAAGGAAUUAGUGCAGAACUUGUUGGUGCUUCGUUUUGCAAAUCGGCUUUUUCUGCCACUCUGGAAUCGUGAUAACAUAGAUAACAUACAGAUUGUGUUUAGGGAGGAUUUUGGAACUGAAGGCCGUGGUGGGUAUUUUGAUGAAUAUGGAAUCAUCCGUGAUAUUAUUCAAAAUCACCUGCUGCAGGUUCUUUGCCUGGUUGCCAUGGAGAAGCCUGUUUCCCUUAAACCUGAACAUAUUCGAGAUGAGAAAGUGAAGGUUCUUCAAUCUGUGCUUCCAAUUAAAGAUGAAGAAGUUGUUCUUGGACAAUAUGAUGGGUACAGAGAUGAUCCAACAGUUCCUGACAACUCGAACACGCCCACUUUUGCAACUGUGAUUCUGAGAAUUCACAAUGAAAGAUGGGCAGGUGUUCCUUUUGUACUCAAGGCCGGGAAAGCAUUAGAGUCGAGGAAGGCAGAAAUUCGUAUUCAGUUUAAAGAUGUUCCUGGUGAUAUAUUCAGAUGUCAAAAGCAAGGAAGAAAUGAAUUUGUAAUACGUCUGCAACCUUUAGAGGCUAUGUACAUAAAGCUUACGGUCAAGCAGCCUGGGCUGGAAAUGUCGACCAUUCAAAGCGAACUGGACUUGUCAUACAGGCAACGUUACCAAGGAGUACCUAUUCCAGAGGCCUACGAGCGUUUAAUCCUUGACACGAUACGGGGAGAUCAGCAGCAUUUUGUUCGCAGAGACGAGCUAAAGGCUGCUUGGGAGAUUUUCACACCCUUGCUACACAGAAUCGAUAAUGGAGAGUUCAAGCCAAAUCAAUAUAAGCCGGGCAGCCGGGGCCCUGCGGAAGCAGAUCAGCUGCUAGAAAGAGCCGGCUAUGUUCCAACACAUGGCUAUGUCUGGAUCCCGCCAACCUUGUAGAAGCCUAUAUAAUGCUUGCAUUGCUGCAUACUGGAUUAAGACUCUUCCAUGCAUCUCUUAGCGCCCUGUUGUAUUUGCAUCAACUGUAAUCUCUGGAUCGACUGCUUUAUUUGUCAUAGCAUGAAUGUUGCUGUUUUAAUGUAAUAAACUCAAUUUGAUGCUUUGGUGA